GGUCAGUGUGUAGCAAAUGUCAUGUAACCCUACCACAUGCCCUCACUCAUGCAGAAAACAGGUGUUGAAAAAAAAGAAGAAAGGAUCCAGGCUCCCCAAGAGAAAACUCAAGUGUUAUCCACAGCAGUCUGUUUAUCUUAUUUGGAUAGGGGAAAUUUUGUGAGAAGGAAGUGGGUGCCAGAAAACCGUUUCCAGAAUCCGUUGCUUCCAGGUGUCUCUGUUGUCCUUCAACCUGUUGAGCAGAUCACCAGGUGUGCCACAGAUAUGACUCAUUCUGAUGAACUGGUGCAACAGGUUUGAUAGACAUGGAAGCAUGAUGCUGCUGCUGCUGGGGGCCAUGGUGCUGCUGGCUGCCCUCUUUCAACCAUCCAUUGCACACCGCAUAGCCUAUGACCCAUUGAAGGAUCCAGACUAUUGGGAUGGUGUGUCCCAGAUGAGCCCAGUGGAGCGCCUAGCUUUCAAGGAGUACGUGCAGUCAAAAGUGAAUGGUGCAAGACACAUGGUCAUCCCAGAGUUUGUGUAUGCAAAACUGAAGGCAGAGGCCAGCUCCUCUAAAACCACAAAGACCACCACACUUGGUCCCACAUUGGCUGCAUCCCUUUCAGAAUCCACAGGAAUAGUGCCCAGGAACAUCAGACCAUCCAACUUGAUGGUGACCAUGGUAGACCCUGCGGAAUUCCUCAAGGUUACUCCUGAUGCAUCCAAGAAGAGCCCCAAGCUGGUCCUGAGAAUUGGGCCAGAGUCUGUUAGUCAAUUGCCAGAGCAGGAAUUCAAGGUCUUAGUGACUAAGGUGGGAGGCCUGGAAUCCAAGAUGCUGAGUAAGGUGCCAGCAGAGAAGGAAUUCAAGUUAGUGGAUAAGUUGCCAGAGAAGGAAGUCAAGGUGGUGGAUAAGUUGCCAGAGCAAGAAUUCAGACUACUUUCCAAGUAUCCAGACAAGGAAUUGAAGCUGGUGACUAAAAGUGCUGUUGUGCCUGAGACAACCACUGCUGCUGGGAGGCCAGAUGUUUCUAACCCAAUGACUCGCUCAUCACAGACCAUCCAACUUUCCCCAAUGAAGUUCUUCAUGUCUUACAAAUCCACCCCAAGCAGCAAUAUCAACCUCUCUCAAAUAGCCAAGCACUUUGGCAACAGGCUCCAGAACAUGUGUAAGCCCAAGACCUUUGUUCUACCAGAGGCAGUGAUGAGGAAUGAGCUGCCUAAAACAUCAACACCAGUGCUGAGACUAACAGAAGAAGUUACAGAGGUCAAGACUGAAUCAUCACUUGCAACACAAAGACCUUCAGGCAAAUCCAUGGGCUUGGGUAAACUCUCUUUAAUCAAUGACAGCAAACCAGAGACUGACACUCCUGUUCAGCUGCUGCUGAGUGCCAUGGAGAAACAGUUCAGGACCAACAAAGACUCCAAUAAAAUGCUGAACAACCAUCUGAAGAACCUUUAUAGCCUUCUGGGUACAUCUCAAACUCCUUCAGUCCAAAAUAUGCUCAAGGAUGUUGAAGCUGCAUUCACUACUAAACCCCAGAUGCCUCUGGAUGUCCAAACUGUUUCAGUCAAUGAAAGAGAUGAUUCAGCCAAGGAAGACAGACUGGACCCAAUAAUUCACAUGUCCCAGAGGACAAUGGACUUCAUGAAUGAGCUCCUCAAAAAGAGAAAAUUUGAAUUCCCAGAGGCUUCUCCAAUCAAUUCCUUCUCAGAUGACUUGAGAAAAGAUCAACAGCAAUCUCUGAUGUUGCAGAAAAUGAAAGAUAAAAUGUCUGCUGUGUUACUCAAGUCAGGAUUGUUCCCUGAAUUGAUGCCACCAUCAUCAUCAGGGGUCUCCAGGCUUGGGAAUAGUGACUUUGACAUGAGGAAACCUUUGAAUGUUGAAUCAUCUUUGAUGAAACUGAUGAGGAAGGAGCAGAAAGUUCCCAGCAUGGAUCCUCAACCCAUUUCAAACCUGUUGCUGUUGAGGAACAAAGGGGAUAAUUUUCUAUCUUCUGAUGCUAAUGUCCUGCAUGCUGCUCCUCCUGCUCCUCUUCUGGCAGCUGCUCCUCUUGCUCCUGCUGCACCUUUUCUUCAAGAUCCAGCAGCAUUAUAUCCAAGCAUGAGGAAUGUUCUACCACUACCUUCAAGAUCUCCAGUAUUGAUUCCUCCUGCUCCAAACCCACAACUGCAACCACAUCAGCAACCAUCAAUGUUCCAACCUGGUCAUGAGCAAGGAGGUCUGCAGUACCAAGAGGUCCAGCCAAGCAUGGCAACCAUGGAAACCUGUCCACCUGGGGCAGUGUGUGCUGCAGCCCUCAUCAAAAACAACAAAUGGACCCAAGAGCAAUUGAGCAGCUACCAAAAUGAAGACCUCAAUGGUGUGCUAACAGGAGACUGGGCACCUCAAAAGAGUCCUCCAAUGGAUAAUUUGGUUUUCAACCCUAUCCCAGUGUACUACAGGGAAACUGGGGAUACUAGUGUGGCAGGUGCUGAGGCACCACCAUCAGCAGCAGGCAGCCAACCCAUGGUGGUACCUGGAGAACCUCCUGAUGAUUCCAUCCAGAGUGGCAAUAAUGAAGAGGAUGAACCAGUGCCUGAUUUCAGACCAAACAGACAUUCCAGUGAUCCUGAAAAUGAAAAUUCAGCAUUUUCCAAAGAACAAGACAAAGUUGAUUUCAUGGUGUACAGGAAACCCAAGGCCAAGAUGCAAUAUUCCAAGGUUCCCAAAUUCCUGGUGGAAGCCUUGUGAACAAAAAUUAUGUGCAUGAGAAUAAACAUCCUCCAGAAAAAAAA